AUGUGGCGGAAGGACCCGAAGCUAGAUGAAGCCAUAGAGAGAGACAAGAGGUACAAGCUUUGCGCUCGCGUCGUCAGAGAGGUAUUGAACGAGCCAGGCCAAGCAAUCCCGCUAUCUUACCUAGAGCGAAGGCGCGAGAGGUUGCACCUCAUGGACAAGAUCAAAACUUUCCUCCGUCGGAACCCACUGCUGUUCGAUACGUGCUACGAUCGAAUCAAACCCAAAUCCGAGCCGGUUCUUUUCGUUCGCCCGAGCCAUCGGUUGAGGAAUUUUCUGCAAGAGGAGAAGAGGAUACAGCUUGAAAACGAGGAGCUGCUCGUCGCCAAACUGUGCAAGUUGUUGAUGAUGGCCAAGGACAAGGUAAUCAGCGCAGAUAAAUUGGUUCAUGUGAAGAGGGAAUUCGGGUUUCCUAAUGAUUUCAUGGUUAGUUUGGUGGACAAGUAUCCUAACUACUUUCGGCUGACUGGGUUUCCUGGAGAAGGGCAGUCGUUUCUAGAGCUAGUAGAUUGGAACCCUGAAUUCGCUAAAUCGGUUAUUGAGCGGAGAGCUGAGGAAGAGUCCAGAUUAACAGGGAUUAGGGUUCGUCCGAAUUUCAAUUACAAGCUUCCACCAGGUUUUUUCCUGAGGAAGGAGAUGAGGGAAUGGGUUAGGGAUUGGUUGGAACUCGAGUACGUAUCGCCUUAUGCUGAUGCCUCGCAUUUGGAGCAAUCCUCGCCCGAAAUGGAGAAGAGGUCCGUUGGGGUUUUCCACGAGCUGCUAUCGCUUUCUCUGUUCAAGAGGGUUCCGGUCGCAAUUCUUGGCAAGUUUUGUGAAGAGUACAGGUUUUCCAAUGCAUUUUCAAGUGUUUUCACCAGGCAUUCUGGGAUUUUUUAUAUGUCAUUGAAAGGGGGAAUUAAGACUGCAAUGCUCAGAGAAGCUUACAAAGGCAGUGAGUUGAUUGACCGAGACCCAUUGCUAGAAAUAAAAGAUAAGUCCCUUCUAGUUGUUCAUGUGGACAAGCUAGAUGCCGAGAGACGCCGCCUUCCACUCUGUGCUUCACAGUUCUCACUUGCAAACUAUGCCUGUGGUACUCUGCCAUUCAUGCAACUACCACCACCUUCCUCUAUUCCUCCGCCAACAAUAUCUAUAAAGUCCUCUAAUCCGCCUCCUCCACCAAUAUCUCCAUCAUCUUCUCCUUCACCACCUGGUGAAGGUCGAGGAAGGCACAGGCAUGGGAGGGGCCACCACCAUCAUGGUCGAACCUCCACUCCUGCAGAGCAGAGUUGUUGCAGGUGGCUGAAUGAGUUGGAUGUUGAAUGUGUGUGUGACGUUUUGGUUCGUUUGCCAGCUUUCCUGGCAAAACCUUCUCACAAGUACACUCUCUAUGUCAAUGGCGCAUGCGUUAUUACUUACUCGUGCUCCGGCCGAAUUGUGCCUUAGAAGAAGGAAGAGCUACUUGAUCUGUAAUCUAGAUUUAGUAUUGAAUCGGGCUCAGAAUAAUUUCGAUGUAUGACUGCUGAUAGAAUUCCAGAAAGUUUUUUUUUGUAAUUAAGGUCCCUCUCAUGGGGCUCGUUUCCCUUUGUAUGUGGUGAAUAUAAGCUGUGCCGCAUUUGCUGGAUGGUUUUUGGGAACCCAGAUUGUUCUACAUGAAAGAUGAAUAAAACACACCGAAUU